GCUUUGAACCAAAAGUCAGCCUUAAAUUACCAGCCGCGACGCAAUCGCGAAUCAAGCUCCGGAAUCUGCAAUCCGCCAUCCUUACGCGGCGGUGCAAAGGAAAAGAGAGGAGAGGAGAGGAGAGGAGGAUGUUGGAAAACCCUACAUCCACCGCACCCGAUGCCGCCCCUGUAAUCAAACGCUACGCUCCUCCUAAUCAACGAAACCGUUCUCUCGGCCGCCGUAAGUCUGGAGAGAAUAACCUAGGUGCCGCAUCGAGAAACAAUAAUCUUGUCGGGGAUGCUGGGAGCAGCGCUAUCCUGAAUGAAGGCCACCAUCGUCCUACUUUAAUACCUUUAGAAGGCUGUUCUAGAAGUGAUGCUUCUCGGCUUUUAAGCAAUCGUUGGGCAGCUGUCCUACAUCGCUACCAUGAUACUUCUAUUGAUUUGUCAGAAAGGCCAGUGCUGUACUCUGGAAGUAGUGAUUCAGCCUGGAAGAAUUUCAGACUUCCCCAUCAGAUGAUGUCCCCAACAAACACUACUGGACCUUCAUCUGGUUCACAGAUGGAUUUCUUAGCUGAACUUCGUCGUUCAAUUCGGAAUGCCAAUACCGACCACUAACUACAGAAAGUGUGGCUUGUGCGGAUGUGGACUUGUGAAGUAUUUUAUGAAAUUUGCACUCUAAAGUACCUUUUGUAUGUGUUGAUUAGUACUCGGAUCAAAUGUUACUUAUUUGGGACAUGAUUUUUUUUACUGUAAAGCAUGGUCCAGGGCAUCUGCUCCUUGGACAUGUAAUUUAGAUGAAAACGUUAUGAACUAUGUAAGCUAUACAAUGUUAUAUUACUUUGGAAUUCGUGUUCCUUUUAUGCGA